GUUUGUGGAAUUGCUGUCAUUAUUGUUUAUCUAGAGCUAGUUUAUUUACACAAGUGGCAAUCUCUCAACCCUUCAGUUCCGAACUUGUAGGAGCAAUUCACUAGCUAUAUUAGGUCGACCUUGAGACACCAAGAAGCUGGCCGGUCAGCCGGGCAACCGGUACACCUACACGAUUUGUCCCUUGAAAGGGAGGAGAUGGAGGCGGAGGCGGCGGAGGGGCAGAUGCUAUUUCCUCUCUUGGACCUCUGCAUUGCAACAAAGUUUCUUGGGACUUUACCUAUUUUUAAUUUUGGUUUAUUUCAAAAAUACAAGCCGAAGAUCUAGGUGCACCUAGCCUGGUGAUCAUCAAUCUUAACUAGCCAUUUCAAUUUUGUGUUCCUUUGUUGUUGAUCCAAGCUUAGUUCAAUUGGUCAUCUGUGUUCCUGAUCCUUGGAGGCUACCUAGGUGUUAAAUGUUGGGUUAUUGAAAUAUUCAACAUCGUCCUCUGCAACGAAAAAAGUAUAGCAGAAGUUGAAGAUGGCGACUGGAUUCUACGCUCAGCCACCAUUUUUCUCCCUUUGCAAUGCAAGCAGUUUCCUGACAAGAAGCCCAGAUGUAUCCAAGAUUCCAAAGGAUGUGGUACUGGUAGGCAUGAUGAUAGACAACUCAAAUGGUUGGGGAGGAAAUUUUGUGCAGAUGAUAGAGCUUCGCAAGAAGAUACUAACCUUUAGAGAUGUCAUUGACCUUCCUCCUUGUGAUGGUUCGAGCCAGAUCCAUGAGUUGGUGAUGGGAACUGUAGAGGAUCUCCAUAAUCUGUACCCUAAUAUUGUUCCGGGAAAUCUGAACUCAGAAAUCAAAGGAACUUCAAUGAAUCAGGGAUUGGCCCACCUACACAUUGCAUUGAAAUCCAUUGGAGAUUCAUGGGCAAAGAACCACAAGUGGAUAAAUAAUUCUGGAGUUGAGAUAGAGGACAAUAUGGAGAACAUCAGUUUGGAGCAACUCGGUCGAUGUGUACAAGCAAAGCUUGAUUACAUGACUAACAUAGCAAAAGAAAUGUUUGAUGUGAUGGAAGAAGAAGGGGGCAAUGGGGGAGGGUUACAAGGCUCCACUAUUGGGGAGGUUCUAAGCAGAUCCUUUUCAGACAGCAAAACCCUCUGCCCUUCCCCGGAUACUCCAACUUCAGUCCCUCCUGAGCUGACAUUCGCUAUGAGACCUGGUGACUUUGCUGAUCUUUCCCCUUCCCGGUCUCUUCUUUUUCCUCUCAGACUUCAGGCAGUUGGGAACUUGAUGCCCACAGACAUGAAAUGCCUGUCACUCAACAUGUCACCUAAUUUAUCAUCUCAAGGCUCCAGCCCAACAACAGGGGAAUACAAGGUUGCUGAAGAAUCGCCAGAUAAUGCAAGUCCUGAGAGGCCAAAUGAUUCUAAAGCCACAAUCAUUUCGCCAAAGAUCCCAAAUUUAAGUUCAAAUACGACACCUGUAGCACAAGGCUCAGCAGCAGUACCACCCCCAGAUCCACCUCCACUGUCAACUACGCCACCAACACCAACCAUUCCACCUUCUAAACGAUCAGCAACGCUGCCACCGCUGCCACCGCUACUGACAAAGGGAGAUGCACCACCACCUCCACCUCCACUUGGUGUGGCAAAGGCUCUACGCCCAAAGAAGGCAACUACCAAACUGAAGAGAUCAACCCAUAUGGGCAACAUGUAUCGAAUCCUGAAAGGAAAGGUUGAAGGCUCUGGUUUAAAUGACAAAGUUCGAAGGGGAAGUAGAACUCAGAUUGGAGCUUCUGCGAGGGGCCAACAGGGAAUGGCCGAUGCACUAGCUGAGAUGACAAAAAGAUCAGCAUAUUUCCAGCAAAUUGAAGAAGAUGUUCAGAAGCAUGCAAAAUCAAUCAUGGAUAUUAAAACUUCCAUUGAUUCCUUUCAAACAAAGGACAUGGCUGAGCUUAUCAAAUUUCACAAGCACGUGGAGCUACAUUUGGAGCAAUUGACGGAUGAGACCCAGGUGCUGGCAAGGUUUGAAGGCUUUCCCACAAAGAAGCUCGAAUCAUUGAGAACUGCUGCAGCACUGUACUUAAAAUUGGAAGGAAUAUCUACUUCACUGGAGAACUGGAAAGUAACCCCUCCAUUGGGGCAGCUCCUUGACAAGGUUGAUUCCUACUUCAACAAGAUCAAGGGAGAAGUGGAUGCAUUAGAAAGAACCAAAGAUGAAGAUUCUAAGAGACUGCAGAACCACAAUAUUCAUUUCGACUUCAAUAUUUUGGUGCGUAUUAAAGAAACUAUGGUAGAUGUUUCUUCAAGCUGCAUGGAGUUGGCUCUUAAGGAACGGAGAGACGCAAAGUCAGCUGCCAAUGCAGAAACUGGGCCUAAAGCCGAAGACAGUUCGAAGGCGCAAGUAAAGAUGCUCUGGAGGGCUUUUCAGCUUGCAUUUCGGGUCUACAGCUUUGCAGGUGGACAAGAUGAUCGGGCAGACACGUUGACUCGAGAGUUAGCGAACGAAAUAGAAGCUGAUCCACAGCAGGAGUGAUCCAUGUUAAUAUAGUUUCCAUCAAACAACCAUAAAAUACGAUAUAUUAAUAUCCCUAUCCUCUUAGAGCUGCGUGUCGGUUGGAUUAUGAAGUGCAUGUUGGAAAGUGGUAAGACUUGCAGAAGUGUCACUCAAAACCUGAUCAUGUACCUAUCUAUCUUGAAAAUAAUAAUAACAAUAAUGAAAGAUAAAAUAGAAGGAAAAAAAAUGCAAGUUGAAUCAACGUUAAGAUCCAAAACUUCUUGGAUUAAGUUAGUGCAUGUUGGAAACCUGAACCCACCUGGUUUUGCUUAAUCGGGUCAUGUGGUACUUUAUAGUUGCUAAUUAAGAACUGAACUAUUUAGCAAGACAGCCUAAACAUGCUUGCAUGAUGCAUCAGCUUGUAGGGUAUUGUCAUUCUAAUUUUUUUGUACUUUUUCCUUGAGGGAAAAAUAGUUGGACGCAACCAAAUGUGGUUUCCGGGCGUGACCAUAUAUAGUAUGUAGGAUAUGGUCAUUUUACGUUGGACAAAAUGUCUUUGAAGGUGUACAACAUUUAUAAUCUACUACAAUGUAUAAUUUUUUAAGCAGAAAGCUUUGCAUGCUCCUAUUUAAUCA